GGAUGAGAAAAAGGGAAGACAUGCUACAGACGAAGAAAGAGGACGUCCAGGUAUUGGGUUACCGAGACUUCGUGCCCGACCGCAAAGAAGGCGCCAAAAUCGAGACCUUAGAUGAGGUGAUCAAUAGAGUGAACGCCAUUAUCAGAGACGGCAAGUUUGAGGGCAGAAUCGUCUCCAUUGAAUGCCUUCCCUGUGAAUCCACUGGUGACCUAAGAUUUGAUCCGGAGGCAACCCUCCCGGGCUCGUCGGACACGACGGUGACAGUGGUUCGGAUAUACUACGAGGAGGGGCCGUCAUCUGAGGAGGAGAUAGGGAUCGCCGACUUCGUGCCCCUACACCUGUCGGGCGGCAGUCUGUUCUCGCGGCCGGAGUUCGAGACGUUCGACACAGUGAUGAGUCGGGCCUCCCGUUGGCUGUCGGAGAACCCGGAGAUUAAUUUCCGGAGCGCUCUGUCGAUCGAUUUCAAACUCAAGUCCAAUAUCGAGCGCUCGGCAUGUCUUCCACCACUUCCUCCCAUUUAUUUGGAUUCGCAAAUGUUUUUAUUAAAGUCCAGAAACUACGCGGACCUCAAGAAAGCGAUCAGCGAUUGGUAUAACACGGAGAUUGUGGGCAAAGAUAGCGGCAAUUGUGUUGAGACGGGUUCCGGCAAUUCGGGCUCCGGUUCCGGUUCGGGAGAGUUCACGGAUAUUGUGGCCGAACCGUCCACUUCCAAGUCUAAGUGUCAGCUGUUAUCGUGUGAAACGCUGUCUGUUUUCGCCAAAAAUCAGACCGGAUUUGAGGAGAGCUUCAACUCGAAUAGAGUCGGAGCCAGAAAUCGGUGCACUUUUAUCGCUGUCCGCCUCUACUAUGACUCCGGCUAUCAUUUGCAUAAAACCCGACAGGGGAUCAACACCACAGCCAAUCCCAGUGCACCCAAAGCCGACAAAAAGUCGCCGUCUUGUGAUAUCAGCUAAAUAUUGAGACAUUUUUUCAAACAAAAAUCAAUUCUUAAUCAUAUUUCUUAUAUAUUCUCACUAAACAUAUGCACA